GGCUGAUGGCGCACAGAAAAUGCCGUGUGAUUCAUUUGAAUGGAAUAAUAGCCACGUGCUGUUUUGCGUGCGUUUGGUUUCCUGAACACUGAGCAGGCAAAGACAAGCGCUGACACUCUUUUGGGAUACGUUGUUUUUAUUAUUGGCUACCUCAAGGUUGAUCAAAACACGAGUUGUGUUUUAUCAGAAGUAAAGGCUUUAAGGCGAAGAUUAUUCAUGUCCAGCUAAAGUUUAUCAAUUGCGUUUGUUGCUCUUGGGAGACCAGCAUUUUGUAUUGUCAAAGGAGAUAUAUUGUUGUUCAAGACAAAGAGAAGUUGUUAAGUGAAUCCCCCAGAGAAAUAUUUUCACUUGACAUUUAGAAAAAUUGCUCGAAAACAAAGGGUUUAUAAAACUGUGGAUUGAUUGACAGGACAAAAUCCGAUGCUGGAGUGGCAAGUUAACAAUUCUCGAUAGCGUGCUGUCAAUGGGGCAGAAAUCUCUUUGGUCGUGCAUGAAAAUCUCAGCUAAGGAAAUAUAACGGCGGCUUUUGGCCCUGCAAAAUAUAAGAGGCCACAUUAUGGCUGAUGUUGUCAAGUAUGGCGUGCAGAUCCCAAACAGAAUUUUUGUUGGUGGCAUAGCCUUUGACACAAAGGAAGAGGAGCUGAGGGACUUUUUUCAACAGCAUGGCAAAGUGAAAGACUGUAAAAUCGUGUCAGACAAAGAUGGUUUCAGCCGCGGGUUUGGAUUCGUCACCUUUGAGUCAAAGCAGGAGGCGAUACAGACUCAAAAGCUGGGCACCGUUUUCUUCAACCAAAAGAAGCUGAAUCUAGGCCCCGCUAUUCGUCAGAAGGGUGUUGUUUUUAAUGCUGCACAGGAAGCCGCAAAUGAACCAGUGACGUCAGCUGGUGUGUACAUUCAUCCAAGCGGCUAUUGUUACACGGUGGCACCGAAUGGAGUUUGGUACUUCCAUGAUGGUGGGUCACCUGAGGACACCCCAUCUCAGACUCCAGUGCCUCAUACACCUGUGGCACACACACAACUCUCGCAGCCCCAGAUGACCCAGCCUUCGAUGCCAGGCCCUGAAAUGAGCCUACCAACCUCACAGGGCAACUCUUUACCAGUUCAAAUCAGUGCACCGAAUGUGGCCCAUGUUCCACCUGCAAUACCAGCUCAGUCUCCACCAGCUGUUGUUCCCAUGAAGCUGAUCCCAGCAGAUCAACUGCCACAACAGAAUUGUCCAGUUUACACUCACUACAUUGUUCCUCAAAACGUAGCUUUGCCCAACACGAACACCCCGGAUCCAGCAAGUCGUUUCUAUAGUGAUGGUAACGUCAUGCCUUACUACGUAGCUCAGGCCCAGCCGCAGCUUCCACAGAUGAGUGUCUACCCAAUCACUUCACUUCAAUCACAGGUACAUGCUGUCCCACCGCCAAGCGUUCAUAUCAUCCCUGGACAGUUCGCUAGACAACCUUAUCCAGCCCCACCUCGCCCAGAAGUCUAUCAGAUAUAUAGUGCUCCUUAUGAUCCAAGUAUCAUAGAGCAUGGCCCUUUUAUCCGUCAAAACAAUAAAACGAUUUCAAGUAGCAUGUUCAAGCAAGGAAUGAUUAGGCCACCCGCUCCUCUCAAAAGAAUGACAGUCGAGUUACCACCGCAACGUAACCAUUUUAGACGCAAUGGCGAUUUUUUAUCACACAAUCCUAACGGGAAUGGCUUUAGAGUCAGUACAGGCAGCGGUGGAAGCACUCCUGCUAGCUCAUCAUCAUCAUCAGGAGGUGAAAACUACCCAGACCAAAAGGAAGAUAGCUUAUGAACGGCCUAAAUGGCUAUUGGUAACUUCUUUGCAUGAAAAAGGUAUUUAUAUACUCAAAUGUUCCGUUCUGUUGUUACCUUGACACCACCGUUGCAAUAACGCUGUGAAUUUCUAGAGAAUAGAUACGAGUAUAAAUCCUAUUGCCAAAGAAGAUGCAAAAUAUCAGACAAGAAUGUUAAAGGUGGUGAUUUAUAAUGAUAGAUCACUGCCAGGGAUCAUCAUAGAUCAUCAUCAAGGGAAAUGAUGAUUUGAAAAACAAUUGUCAAUCUGCAUAAGUAUAUGCUAAAAAGCGUUGGAUCGCAGAGGAAGAUCACAAGAGCUGGUCUCUGAAGUUUUCUGCUUUUCGCGCUCUCACUUUUAGAUUGUUGUCUAGAGAAAAUAACUUUUCAACUUCAAAAUUGAAGGGUUUUUGAAUCAAUUGAAGGAUUUUUGUCAGUGAUUAUUCAAUCAGUGUUAGAUCAAACCAAAAAAAUCAAAUGCGUUCUCUGUUUGGUCUCUUUGUUGUGCUUUCCGUCCCACAAACUCACAAGUCACAUUUCCAAGGUUUUCCAAUGACUUGAAGUGGUCGGAACAAUGUUUUGCAUCUGUCUUUUUAGCAUCUAAUAAUAUCUUUCGUUUUACAAUCAAACGAGUAUUUCUGAUCUUGAUCAGCAGUAUAAUUGUAACUCGCGGUACAAUCAAAUCGCGGUAUAUUUAUCCAAUCAAAUCGAUUUGGCAUCAUCACAUGAUCAUUUUAAUUUGAAUAAGAGGUUUAUGAAUUGUAUUCAGCAAAACACUUUGCCAAUUUUGAAUAUUGAUGAUAGUGGGUUGUAUUGAUGUUAGUUACUGGCACCCUGGAUUGUUUCAAAGAAAUAUGAAUUUAACAAGCUACACAGCUCAGUACUAUCAUUUGUAAUGAUACAAAUAUUUUAAUAUUAUGUUAGGAUUUCAUUAGAUUUCUUCUCAAAAUGAGAAGAAUUCUUAGAGAGUUCCAAAUUGUUAUGAAUGAUGGAUGGCAAAUUUAUUUUGAGCUUUGCAAUUUUUAAAUUUUUUUGUAAAAUUGUAAGUUUAUUGUCAGUGUGUUGAUAGGCAAGGUAAAUUGAUGGCCAGGGGGGAAAUAAUUGAGUGUUUUUCAGAUUAUUCGUUUGCUUGGUGAUUGUGGUGUCUGACUCGCAUCCACUUGUAAAGUCGAGGUGCGCAGAAUUGGAAUGUUUGAUAGGAAAUAUUUUUCGUUUAAAUUGAAUAUUGAUAUCAUUACGUUCUUGCUUAAUAUCGAGAUUGAUGAAUAAAGGAAUACAUUUAGAUUCAAUCUGCUUAAUAUAUUUUGUUCAAUUCCAAUUAUUUUAUUGUGAUUCAAUGAAAUGGUACGAAAAGGUGGAUAUUGACGUCGUUAGGUAGAAAGUUUAUAUUUCUUCAAAUUGGCGAUUUAUGCACUGCUUAGUUUUACAGAUUUAGAAACCCCUUGAUCCUUUAGGACUCUGCACCAAAAUGCUUUUAAGUUAAGGAAUUUUGUAAUCGAAAGGUUAUUUUUGCAAGAUUACUGUUCAGAUCAUCGCAAGAUCUCUUAGUUGAAAAGUUUCUAAUGAGUAGUAUUUCGGUGUCAGUAAAAUAAUGACUGACAAUAUUUUAUUCUGGUAUCUGGUGGGGAAAAACUCAGCUGUGUCACCAUCGCCUUUGAAGAUUUAAUGCAUUGACAAAACUAUGAAAGGCUUGGCAUUAUUUUUAAUGUAGAGAAACAUUAUUUGAGCUAGGGUAUACCCCUCUUGAUGUUCUUUCAGUUCUACCAGUGAUAGCUGCGAGCCCUGAAAUAUUAAAGCCUUACAUACUUUCUGGUGAAAGCCAUUAAGAUGCCUGCACAUGGCAUAUUCUAGAUUAUAUGCCCGCGUUGAAAACCUUUAUAUAGGGGAUAUUGGAAUUGCUUUAUUAAAAUGCUUCUAUUAACAAAAGGCUUGAUUAGCAGCAGUUUCCAGGCUUUCUUGCGACAGAUGUGCUAUGAAGGAAAUUUGUAUAGCGACUAAUUAUCAGCAAUAAAUUUGAUGUAAAGGGGUUGAAACUAUAAAGUAUUUUAAAUUUUAGUAAUGUGUUGGAGGCUUUUUAGGGUAAAACGCAUCGCAUCAGCUCUUAGUGUCAGGUUAGUGGCACGAGUUAAGCAGGUAUAGAGCUCAUUCAGCUAGAUCUUUGUAUCUUAGUACCAAGAAAAUCGAGACUCAAUUUUUGAUAACACAAAGAGUAAAUAAAUGCUACUUGCCACAGCCAGCCCAACCAGCUUGUAAAAAGACUUGUUUACUUCUUUUUCUGUUCUUUUUGGGCAAUUGUUUGUGUUUAUUUCUGUUACAUUAGAAAACAAGUAUGUCAGUUAUCAAAUUACCAUAUACGCCAUAUAUCAUAUAUCUGCUACGUUACUCCCCCUCCACCCCAUCUAACUAACACCUUUUGCAGUUGUUUUUAUUUCCGCUUCAGAGAGCUGUCUUUUAUCGUUGCCUCCAACACUGUUUUAGUUGUGUGUCUGUCUGUUCGUACCGUACGCAUCAAUUUUAGUGAUUACAAUUUUAGAAUUUAAGCCUCAAAGUUAGAGAAGGUCGUUAAGUGCUCUCUUGUAUCCUCAAGUUCCUAAAUCCCACCCCGUUUAGCCAAAUUUGAUUAUUUGAGUUAGUAAAUUUGUAUUUCUUUACCUAGCUGUGCACCAAGUGCAGUAUUGUCAACUGUAUUUCUAUAGACUUUUUCCCCCAUCCCUAUUACAAUAGCCAGUGUGGUAAGUUUGGGGAUAUGAGGAGAACACUGAACUGCCAACGUUAAUCAUAAAAGGCGUUUAUCUUAGCCAAACAAGAAAUAGUGCAGCAAUGUAAUCGUUGCUGGAUGUCUUUUAGAGCUCUUUACGUAUUGUAAAUGUCAGAUAGGCGUUUGUUGCAGAUAGUACCGACCAUAUUUGACCGUUAUUUUGCCAUCACAGGGGAAGUAAAGUUUUUGACUAAUAUUGAUUUCAGUUGUGGAAAUCACGAAAUAGUUUGAUUCAGCAUUAACUAUAUCAACCUUGUCGUCACAAUAUGCUCAGAUCUUGAUUAACCCUUUUGUUACAUUCCAUGAUGUGACACCAUCCCCUUGCUAGUUACUGGUGUUUGCCCAAGUUCGUAACAGAACCUUCCUUGCGUUCGGUCGGAUAUCUGCACAAUUGCGUUUUAGUCAGUUCAUUGUGUGCUAACGUUUAAGAAUACUUUAGAAAAUAGAGAAAAAGUGUGCUGUUAUAGAUGGUAGUACUACCCACGUGUAAGCAAUAUUUUUGCCGUAUGUCUCAAACGUGUAGUGGUCGCCUAUUUAUUUUUAAGCCAUGUAUGUAUUUAAGUGUGUAUGGUAAUGAACAAUGAACAAACAUGA